AUACAUAGUUUUCCUCUAAAUUGGACUUUUCCAUGGAACUCUUAGCUUGGACGGCAAAAUCAGUAGUAACUCAAAAGGGAAGUCUAUUUUGUUCCUUAAUCAUCAAUCACUGAAAAUGAAAAUGAAAAUGAAACAACACUUAGCAUAAUAAAUUCACGGUUCUUGCUGUUUUUUUAUCAGUGAAGGAUUUUGAGAAUAAAUCUCAUGGGUUAUUUCUAUUUAACUUUACUUUUCACUCUGCUCCUUCAUAUUUGUGAUGCAGUCCAAGAUUCCUAUGUUUCUGCAAUUGGUGACCCUGGAAUGAGAAACCCAAAUGCCAGAUUUGCAUUGGAAGCUUGGAAUUUCUGCAAUGAAGUUGGAAAUGAAGCUCCCCUUAUGGGCAGCCCCAGACUUGCUGACUGUGCUGAUCUUCACUGUUCUCCUUCUCUCACAGGUGACCAAGAUAUUCUGGGCGAUCCACUUCUUCAAAAACGGAGCACUUGUAAAGUACACCAUAAAGUGACAGAAGUAGACAAUAGAUUAGGAGUUGGAGAUAAAUUUCCAGAUGGGAAUUAUAAAGCUUACACGGAUCCUGAUCUUUAUGCUGCGGAAAAGGAGCGGUAUCUUGGUUCACUUUGUGAAGGGCAUGAUUCUGCUGAGCCAUGGUAUCAUUGGAUGAUAAUGCUCAAAAACGGAAAUUUUGACAAGAACACAACUCUUUGUCCUGAAAAUGGUCGGAAAGUUUCUAAGAUAGUGACUGGUAGAAAUUUUCCAUGUUUUGGUGAGGGCUGCAUGAAUCAGCCACUUGUAUACCAUAACUACUCAAGGAUAGUCUACGGGAAGCAUGCAUCUUUGAUUGGAGGUUUCUAUGGAACAUAUGACCUUGACGCCAAUUUAACUGCCGGUCUAGAUGGAAAAUCUUUUUUCUCAGUUUCAUGGCAAAAGAAUUUAAGCACAGGUAGUUGGAUUGUCUCAAACAAAUUGACGACAUCAUUCAAGUAUCCAUGGCUUAUGUUGUAUCUAAGAUCAGAUGCGGCAGAAGGGUUUAAUGGAGGAUAUCACUAUAGUGGCCGUGGAAUUAUGAGAAAGCUUCCGGAGUCACCCAACUUCAAGGUAAAGUUGACACUUGAAGUUAGACAAGGAGGAGGCUCCAAUAGCCAGUUUUAUCUUCUCGACAUUGGAAGCUGCUGGAAAAAUAAUGGAGAUCCAUGUGAUGGAGAUGUUUUAACAGAUGUGACAAGAUAUAGUGAGAUGAUUAUCAAUCCAGCAACCACAAGUUGGUGUCGUCCUGAUAACCUUGUGUCCUGUCCACCCUACCACGUUAUCCCUAAUGGGGAGAUAAUAUACAGAAAUGAUACUUCUCGGUUCCCUUACUCUGCUUAUCAUCUCUAUUGUGCUCCUGGAAAUGCAAAUUAUUUAGAGAAACCAUAUGAUAUAUGUGACCCAUACAGCAAUCCACAAGCUCAAGAAUUGGUGCAAAUACUGCCACAUCCAGAGUGGGCUGUGCACGGUUAUCCGUCAAAAAAAGGAGAGGGGUGGAUUGGGGAUGCUAGGAGUUGGGAGCUUGAUGUAGGAGCUUUAUCCAAUCGGUUAUACUUUUACCAGGAUCCAGGAACCAAACCGGCAAAGCGUGUGUGGUCUUCACUUAAUGUUGGUACAGAAAUAUACGUUAGCAGCCAAGGAGCUACUGCUGAAUGGACUGUAAGUGAUUUUGAUGUAUUGAUUCCUGAGGGUGGUAAAGGUGGUGUUUGGGCCGUUCUGUAACACCUGUUAUAUGCUCCUUGUUCAUUGAGAUUAGUUUCACUUCUAACAAUUUGUUUCUUCGCUUGUUUGUAUAUAGACACACACAUAUAUAUAUAUAUAUAUAUAUAUAUAUAUAUAUAUUUUUUUUUUUUUGGUUUUCUGUUCACCAUGAGUAUUCUGUGUGGCAAAAUAAGCAAACCUAACCUCGAUGAGACAUGCCACUGUUCAUCUCCAUUUCCCUGUAACUGGUUUCUUAACAAGGUUAAGUUUUAGUUUCUUCCUUGCUUGAAAGUUGGACCAUGUUUCAUUAUGUUCCUAUUACUGCAGCAGAAGUGUUAGCGCGAAUAAGUAUACCAAUGUUAAUUCCUACAGCCUCUGGUGACUCAUUAAUAUGCUUUAGAGGUUUUUAAUACUUGUCUCAUAUAUGACUGCAGAACAACCAGUACUUAAACAUAGAUUUUCCUUUCUUUUCUUGUUUAUAUACUUGCAACCAUGGACUUCAAGAAGCAUCGGUACCUCCUUUCUGAAAGACUAAAACUGGGGAAGAUGACGCCAGUGUCAUUAUUCUCAUACUCUGGUAUUGUUCUUUCCAUUACAAACAAACAACAACAUACCCAGUAAAAUCCCACUAGUGGGGUCUGGGGAGAGUAGAUCGUACGCAGACCUUACCCUACCCCGAAAAGGGUAGAGAGGCGGUAUUGUUCUUUCCAUUGUACCCAAAAAA